CCAUCGCCAAUAUUAUUUUUGUUGUGUGGACAGCAGCUCCCGUUCACAGCGCCGCGCCAGUUUGCGUCUUUGCUUGGAUUUGGAUCUUGGUUGGGCUCCUGACGCGCUGCUCUGCGGUCCGGCUCUGAGCUGUUUGCAGACUUUUGGCAAGAAAGUUUUGAAUCUUCUGACUAAAAGAGCUUGAGAACUGAAGACAGUAUCUGAGCUAAAGAGGACACAAUGUCGGGAUCGAUACCGUUCUACCAGAAACACCACCGCCAUUAUGAUCGCGGCUACCGUAGCCGAGAGACGGAGUCUGCUAUCAGCCAAUACCAGCAGAGCUCUAAUACUUACUCUUCACAUAGCAGCAAAAGCACCAAGGGCAUCAGAGCUGCCACAUACACGGCUCUAGAUGAGGGUGGGCUGAGCCCUCUGCCCAAGAGAGCCAAACCAACCUAUCUGGCCAUGGACAAGGAGAACCAGAUCAUCGGUUAUGUGGUGCCCAUCUUCAGGGGCAGUCAUGAGUUUGAAAGCGGCCUAUCAGACACUGAGGAAGCGCGCGCAAAAGAGAGCGCCGGGUAUCUGGCUCGCCGUGACCUCUUCGCUAGAGGCAUGGAGUCGGAGCGCGUCGAACACAAGUCCCGCAGAACCGUCGUGAGGGAGUCUGCAGAGCGCAUCUCGCUUAGCAAGAGGAUCCAUGAAAACGAAGAGUACCAUAAGCGUCUGAACGAGGACAGCCUGAUGCACACGCCCGAGUUUGUGAUCAAGCCACGAUCCCACACUGUUUGGGAGAAACAGUGUGUGCGGCUGCACUGUACCAUCUCAGGAUGGCCUGAACCACGCGUCGUGUGGUACAAGAACAAUGUUAGCAUUGAUCCGAUGGCCAAGCCAGGGAAGUACAAAGUGGAGAGCAGCUACAGCGUCCACGCCCUGGAGAUUAACAAGUGUGACUUCGAUGACACUGCACAGUAUCGUGUGUCGGCCAUGAACAGCAAGGGCGAGACCUCUGCUUUUGCUUCUGUUGUCGUCAAAAGAUUCAAAGGAGAAGUUGAUGAGUCUCUGCCAUCUCCCAGACUCCAAAGCAGAAAGUUCGGCUUCCAAGCACCUUGUCUGGAGUACGGAGUGAAAUUCGAGACGCACAUUGUGGAGAAGUUUGGUGUGUCUUUUGGACUUGAGGGUGAGACGCUGAGUUUUGGCUGCUCUGUUAUCAUCUACCCAUCACUGCAGCGCUUCCAGCCUGAGAUAGAGUGGUACAGAGAUGAUAAACUGCUGGUGCCAUCAAAAUGGGUUCAGAUGCACUGGAGCGGCGACAGAGCGACACUCACUCUCUCACACCUCAACAAGGAGGACGAAGGACUCUACACACUUCGCGUCAUCACCAAAUCUGGCUUUGAGACACAUUCAGCGUAUGUCUUUGUCAGAGAUGGUGAUGCGGAGGUUGCCGGCGCUCCUGGUGCUCCUUUAGAUGUUCAUAGUUUGGAUGCCAAUAAGGAUUAUGUGAUCAUUAGCUGGAAGCAGCCUGCUGUCGACGGAGGAAGUCCCAUUCUGGGCUACUUUGUUGACAGGUGUGAAGUUGGCAUGACACACUGGGCGCAAUGCAAUGACACUCCGGUGAAGUUUGCACGCUUCCCUGUAACUGGUCUCGUGGAAGGACGAAGCUAUGUGUUUCGAGUGCGUGCGGUGAACAAGGCAGGCAUGAGCCAUCCAUCCCGUGUGUCUGAACCAGUAGACGCUAUGGACCCCGCAGACCGCACAAGAAAAGGUACCUCUGCUCCUUGGACUGGACAAAUCAUUGUGACUGAGGAGGAGCCUGUGGAGGGAGUGGUUCCCGGCAGACCUUGUGAUCUCUCAGUCAUUGAGGCCACUAAAAACUAUGUGGUGUUGAGCUGGAAGCCUCCAGGCGACAAGGGCCAUGAAGGGGUUAUGUAUUACGUGGAGAAGUGUGUGUCUGGCACAGACAGCUGGCAGCGAGUCAACACUGAAAUCCCAGUCAAAUCUCCACGUUUUGCUCUUUUUGAUCUGGCUGAGGGCAAGUCUUACCGCUUCCGCGUUCGCUGCUGUAACUCAGCCGGUGUUGGCGAACCAUCAGAACCGACCGAAGCCACCACAGUUGGGGACAAGCUGGAUAUCCCAUCAGCCCCAGGCCGUGUGGUUCCCACCCGCAAUACAGACACAUCUGUGGUGGUUUCAUGGGAAGCUUGGCCGAAACUGGUUGCUUGUGUGUCUGGCACAGACAGCUGGCAGCGAGUCAACACUGAAAUCCCAGUCAAAUCUCCACGUUUUGCUCUUUUUGAUCUGGCUGAGGGCAAGUCUUACCGCUUCCGCGUUCGCUGCUGUAACUCAGCCGGUGUUGGCGAACCAUCAGAACCGACCGAAGCCACCACAGUUGGGGACAAGCUGGAUAUCCCAUCAGCCCCAGGCCGUGUGGUUCCCACCCGCAAUACAGACACAUCUGUGGUGGUUUCAUGGGAAGCUUCACGUGACGUUAAAGAGCUGGUGGGCUACUACAUUGAGAGCAGCAUUGCAGGGAGCAACACUUGGGAGCCAUGCAACAACAAACCAGUUAAAGGCACAAGAAGAAUCCAGUCGGAGUUUGACUACAAAACCAGCUCACCCGCUCUCCCACGGGGCGGUAUUCUUCAUGGUGUGUGUCUGGAGUCAGGGGGUAAUGGGGUCGAACUAACCCAGCACAGCUCUUGCGGAGUGGGCAGGCAUGCGGCGCCUCACUCCCCUGCUGACACGCCUCUAACACACAUAGCUAAUGUUAGUGAGAGGGUUGAGGGAGGGGGUCAAAACACUGACCACAAAGGCCAUCCAACUGCAUUAAAUGAAGGCAAACAGGGCAAGAGUGCCAGUCAGCAAGAACCAGAACCUGCUUGUGGGCAGGAAACUGCUAAACAGGUUGCAAACUCUUGCACUGAAUUGUUAGAGCCCAACUGUAGCCAAAAGGAGUCGGCAACAGAGUUGCCGGACAGUCGUAAGUCCUCAGUAAACGCUUCUCUGGAACAAGAGAAAGCAGGAGAGCGAGAGAGAGGACGAAGAGGCUCAGACGGCAUCACUGUGCUGGAGUGUGUACGGGACGCGAUGGUACUAGCCUGGAAACAGCCCACUUUCAUCGGUGGCGCUGACAUCACUGGUUACUUUGUUGAUUAUCGUGAGGUCAUCGGAGGAGUUCCAGGAAAAUGGCAUGAGGCGAAUAUUAAGUCUGUCAGUGAGAGAGCUUAUAGAGUUUCAGAGCUAAAGGAAAACAUGCUGUACCAGUUCCAGGUACGUGCUGCCAACAUGGCUGGUGUGGGCAUCCCGUCUCUUCCCAGUGAGACUUUCAAGUGUGAGGAGUGGACUAUUGCUGUACCGGGACCACCCCAUGACCUCCAAGUACAGGAGGUGCGUAAGGACUCUCUGGUCUUGCUCUGGAAACCGCCUGUCUACCAGGGUCGUGAUGCUGUCAAUGGAUACUACAUUGAUAUCAAAGAGGCUGACGCAGACUUUGAGAUGUGGAGAGGAGUCAAUGAGAAAGCUACUGACAAGACAUUCAAGAAGAUCAAGGAUCUAAAGGAGGGGGAAUCGUAUGUUUUCCGUGUGCGCGCUCAGAACAAAGCCGGUGUAGGAAAAGCAUCAGAUCCAACAGAACCAGUUGAGGCAGUGACUAAACCAGGAACUGCCGAGAUAGUUGUGAAUGUUGACGAUGACGGCGUCAUUUCACUGAAUUUUGAGUGCUCUAACCUCACCGCUGACUCCAAAUUCGUCUGGUCCAAGAACUACAUGGAAAUGACAGAACCUGAACGCAUGACCUUAGAGACCAAGGGUAACAAAUCCAAAGCCAUCUUUAAAACACCUUCAGAAGAAGAUCUGGGCAUCUACUCUUGUUUCGUGACACACACUGAUGGAGCCUCUGCCAGCUACACACUCUCUGAGGAAACUCUAAAAGAACUCCUGAAGAUCAGCCACGACCACAAAUUCCCCAUCAUCCCUCUGAAGACAGAGCUGGCCGUGGAGCUGCUGGAGAAGGGCAGAGUUCGCUUCUGGUUGCAGGCUGAGAAGAUCUCUGCCAAUGGAAAAGUUGAAUACGUGUUCAAUGACAAUGUGGUCCACCAGGGAGAGAAAUACAAGAUGAACUUUGAUAAAAAUACUGGCACCAUUGAGAUGUUCAUGGAGUCUCUGGGCAAAGAGGACGAGGGAACGUUCACUUUCCAGCUUCAAGACGGCAAAGCCACUAACCAGUCCAGUCUAGUGCUGAUCGGAGAUGUGUUCAAGCAGUUACAGAAGGAAUCAGAGUUCCAGAAAAAAGAAUGGAUUAGGAAACAAGGUCCACACUUCGUGGAGUAUCUCGGUUAUGAAGUCACACCUGAGUGCUGUGUGAGACUGAAGUGUAAGGUUGCUAAUAUGAAGAAAGACUCUGUGGCGCUGUGGUAUAAGGAUGGGCGAGAGAUCAAGGUCAAUGAGAAACUGGAUUUCUCUGAAGGAGUGUUAACUUUGGAGAUCGCUCAGAUCUCCAAAAAGGAUGCUGGUAUAUAUGAAGUAGUUCUGAAGGAUGACAGAGGCAAAGACACCUCCACACUCAACCUCACUGACCAAGGAUUCAAAGACCUGAUGAACCAGGUUUUCAGUGUUAUUGCGAACUCCUCCACUCCACUGAAGAUCCAGAGCACAGAGGAGGGGAUCAGGCUUUACACCUUCGUCAGCUACUACAACGACGAGCUGCAUGUCACCUGGCAUCACAAUUGUUACUCAUUUGACGAUGCAUACGCUGAAUUUCAAAGACUCAAGGCUGCAGCAACUGCAGAGAGAAAUCGUGCGCGUGUGGCAGGUGGUCUGCCUGAUGUUGUGACCAUCCAAGAGGGCAAGUCUUUGAAUCUGACCUGCAAUAUCUGGGGCGACCCCGUACCCGAGGUCACCUGGCUAAAGAAUGAGCGCGAGAUGGUUUCCAACGAUCACUACAUUCUGAAGUUCGAGUCCGGCAAGUUUGCCAGUUUCACCAUCACCAGCGUCAGUACGUCUGACUCCGGCAAGUACAGCAUCCUGGUAAAGAACAAGUACGGCACGGAGAGCGGCGACUUCACCGUAAGUGUCUUCAUCCCAGACGAGGAACCCGGGAGAGUAAGAACAUGGUGCUAAUAUCUUGGUUGCAGAUUGAAAAGCCUUGGUCCAACUUUUAAUCCAUCGCUACCCACAAUGUCAAAAUAGUGCUAUAACUGGAAACAAAUCUUUUUCUGUAUAGAUUUAGUUUCAGAGCUUGCAUUGCUUACUUGACCAUUUUCUCCAUCGUGGUGUUAGUAAAAUAGUUUAAAGCCCAGAUUAGAGAAUGAAUGCAGUUUGACUCCAGGUUGUAUUGCGAGUGGUUUUUCUUGUGUAGUUUUGCAAAAGAUUGAGCGAUUUGAAUUGAGGGACAAAUGGACGCUCCAUUUCUGUAUAGUUUAUCAUUACUCUGUCUGAAAAUCAGGGGCUUAGAUUCACAAAAAAACAUCAAUUAGUCUAUAUCAGUGCUGUAAAGAAAUCUUUAAACGAUGCCCCUGCUGUAAGCUUUCUGUGGAUUCUCUAUGUUUCACAUUUCUAAUAAAUCACUGCAUGCACGAUCCCAUUAUGACAGCAGUUAUGACUUCACUUCCUGUUUGACCUCACAGAUAAUGAUGACUUCCUCUGUUAUUUCCAAUAAAUGGAGCACAUAUUC